AUGGCGCCAACAAUCCCGGAGCUGGACCUCAUGGUCCAGUCCUUCUACGAAGGUCGCGGCGAGCAGCAAAAGGCUGCCCAAACCGCCUUGAACCAGCAUGGCGCUCAGUUCAAGGAAGAUCCCGAUGCCUGGCUUCUCGUCGACGAGAUUCUGCAGAAUUCGAAACAUCCCCAGACCAAGUACCUCGGUCUGCAAAUACUAGACCAUGUUAUCAUGACAAGAUGGAAGGUCUUGCCCCGGGAUCAGUGUCUAGGCAUUCGCAACUUCGUUGUGAACUUCAUCAUCCAGGCUUCGGGCACGGAGGAGUCCCUCAAGACCCAUCGAACCCUGCUGAACAAGCUGAACCUUGUUCUCGUCUCGAUCCUGAAGCAAGAAUGGCCUCAUAACUGGCCUACCUUCAUCAACGAGAUCAUAUCCGCUUGCCGAUCGAAUCUGUCUAUCUGCGAAAACAACAUGAUCAUCCUGCGUCUCCUAUCCGAAGAAGUAUUCGACUACUCUGCCGAGCAGAUGACCUCGGCCAAGACCCGCAACCUCAAGACAACCAUGUGCAACGAAUUCUCCCAGAUCUUCCAGCUUUGCCAGGAAAUCUUGACGACUGCGAACCAGCCCAGCUUGGUCAAGGCCACGCUCGAGACGCUCCUCCGUUUCUGCAACUGGAUUCCCCUAGGAUACAUAUUCGAGACGCCACUGAUCGAGACACUGCGAACGCGGUUCCUGGAAGUUCCAGAGUUCAGAAAUGUUACUCUUCAGGUAUUCACCGAGAUUGGCGGCUUAGUGACUGGCGGGCCGGGACAACCCAACGCCUACAGUGAACAGCUGGUCAAGAUGUUCGUCGACGUACUCACUACCAUCUCGAACAUCAUUCCGCUGGAUCUCGACCUCAAGAGCACGUAUCCGCAGAGCAAUUCGAGGGAUCAGGAAUUUCUCCAGGACCUCGCACUCUUCUUGUGCAAUUUCUUCAGUCAACACGUCGAUCUUGUUGAGAAACUACCGAAUCGAGAUUUCCUCACACACGGCCACUUCUACUUGAUCAGAAUAUCCCAGAUUGACGACCGUGAGAUCUUCAAGAUCACCCUAGAUUACUGGCUCAAGCUGGUUCAGGAGCUAUACGAGGAGAUGCAGGCUGUCCCUACAAAUGAGAUGAACCCGAUGAUGUUGACCGGUGGAGGAUCAACUACCGGAGCGAUGAACCCGGCCGUGCUGCAGAACUUGCCCCUUCGAAUGCACAAGUACAAGGAAGUGCUAUCGAAUCUUCGGGUAGUCAUGAUCGAGAAGAUGGUACGGCCCGAGGAGGUGCUCAUCGUGGAGAAUGACGAGGGUGAGAUUGUCCGGGAGUUCGUCAAGGAGAGCGAUACAGUACAGCUGUACAAGACGAUUCGGGAAUGUCUCGUCUAUCUGACACAUCUGGACGUCAACGACACCGAAACGAUCAUGACGGAGAAGCUUUCCAAGCAGGUCGACGGCACUGAGUGGUCGUGGCACAACUGCAAUGUCCUGUGCUGGGCCAUCGGAUCCAUCUCUCUGGCCAUGAACGAAGAAACCGAGAAGCGUUUCUUGGUCACUGUUAUUAAGGAUCUAUUGGGCCUGACCGAGAUGAAGCGUGGAAAAGACAACAAGGCCGUUGUUGCCAGCAACAUCAUGUACAUUGUUGGGCAAUAUCCUCGGUUCCUCAAGGCGCAUUGGAAGUUCCUUAAGACGGUGGUCAAUAAGCUCUUCGAGUUCAUGCACGAGUCACACGAAGGCGUCCAAGAUAUGGCAUGUGACACAUUCAUCAAGAUCGCACGACAAUGCCGCCGACAUUUUGUGGCUCUGCAACCUAGUGAGAGCGAGCCCUUUAUCGAGGAGAUUGUUAGGAACCUGCAGCGUAUUACGUGCGAUCUCACGCCGCAGCAAGUCCACACUUUCUACGAAGCUUGUGGCUACAUGGUCGCGGCUCAAGGAAGCAAACACCAGCAGGAGAGGCUCCUUGCUGAACUGAUGGGCGCGCCGAACGCUGCAUGGGAUGAGAUCAUCCGAGCAGCCACCAUAGACCCCCAGAUCUUGCAGGAUGCCGACACAAUCAAGAUCAUCGGUAACAUAAUGAAGACCAACGUAUCGGCUUGCUCUUCAAUUGGUUCCUACUUCGGCCCCCAGAUCGGCAGGAUAUACCUGGACAUGUUGCAGAUGUACCGCGCGACCAGCCAGCUGAUUUCUGAGGCUGUCGCCCGUGACGGCGAACUUGCUCCCAGAAUGCCCAAGGUCCGCGGACUGCGAACGAUCAAGAAGGAGAUCUUGAAGUUGAUCGAAGGUUAUGUCGAUAAGGCCGAAGACCUUCAAGCGGUACGCGGGCAGAUGGUGCCACAACUGCUAGAUUCCGUCUUGGUGGAUUACAACCGCAACGUCCCGGGUGCCCGUGAUGCUGAAGUUCUCAAGGCAAUGUCAACCAUCAUCACCAAACUAACGGGUCUUAUGGAAGAUCAAGUCCCCAUCAUCAUGCAGAACAUCUUUGAGUGCACCCUCGAGAUGAUCAACAAGGACUUCUCCGAGUUCCCGGAGCACCGUGUCGAGUUCUUCAACCUACUCCGAGCUAUCAACCUGCACUGCUUCCCUGCGCUGCUCAAGCUUGACAACCGCCAGUUCAAGUUCGUCAUUGAUGCAUGCAUGUGGGCAAGCAAGCACGACAACCGCGAUGUCGAGGGCGCAGGGCUUAACAUGUGCCUGGAGCUCGUAUCGAACAUCGCUGAGAAGACUGACGGCCAGACAGCCAAUGCUUUCUUCCAACAGUUCUUCAUCACAAUCUUGCAGGACGUGUUCUUUGUUCUGACGGACCCUGACCACAAGGCCGGGUUCAAGACUCAGUCUAUGCUUCUGAUGCGCAUGUUCUACUUCGUUCUCCCUGCGGAUGGGAAGCCACCGAUGAUACAAGGUCCAGUCUAUGUCGACCAAGCUCCAGCCGGAACCAGCAACAAGGACUUCCUUGCUGAUUUUGUCGGACGUCUCUUGCGAAAUGCCUUCCCCAAUCUCCAGGUUGCGCAAAUUAACGCCUUCAUUGAGUGCCUGUUCACCUUGAACAACACGUACGAGAAGUUCCGUCUCCAAGUCCGUGACUUCCUCAUUUCACUCAAGGAGUUUGCCGGAGACAAUGCAGAGCUCUUCGUCGUCGAAAAGGAACAAGAGGCCCAGGACAAGCUCUCAGCUGAGCGCGAGCGGCGCGCGAAAGUCGGCGGCUUGCUGAAGCCGUCCGAGAUCGAGGUCGAGGACGACGAGCUGUGA